UCUCUCUCUCUCUCUGCACAGCCCCAAUGACAGCGGGGAGCUCCGGACCCAUGCCAUCCUGAUCCCGGCAACACAAUGCCGGACACCGAGCCGGACAGAGGAAGGAAAGCCCAGUCUGAUGGGGAACGGGCAGAGCCGGCUGCCAACCCGCAUGGCACGACUGGGGUCCUGGAUAAGCUUUUUGGGAAGCGCCUUCUGCAGGCUGGUCGCUACAUUACAUCACACAAAUCCUGGAUGAAGACAGUGCCCACAGAAAAUUGUGAUGUUGUCAUGACGUUCCCAGACACUACUGAUGACCACACUCUACUAUGGCUGCUAAACCACGUCCGACUGGGUAUUCCUGAGCUCAUCAUGCAGAUUCGUCAUCAGCGGCACACAAGAAUCUAUGCCUUCUUUGUCACAUCUACAUAUGAAAAUUUACUCCGCGGUGCGGAGGAGAUUGGACUGCGAAAGCCAGUGAAAGCAGAAUUUGGAGGUGGAACUCGGAUCUUCUCUUGCGAGGAGGAUUAUAUCUACCAGAACAUUGAAAAUGAGUUGAAUUUUUUCACAUCUCAGGAACGCCAGAGCAUCAUCAGGUACUGGAUGGAGAACCUCAGAGCCAAACAUGGUGAAUCUCUGCAUAAUAUCCACUUCCUGGAAGGGCAACCAAUCAUCCCAGAACUUACUGCUCGUGGGGUCAUCCAGCAGGUGUUUCCUGUCCAUGAACAGCGGAUACUGAGCCGGCUCAUGAAGUCCUGGGUCCAGGCUGUUUGUGAGAGGCAACCUCUUGAUGAGAUAUGUGACUAUUUCGGGGUGAAGGUUGCCAUGUACUUCUCCUGGCUUGGAUUCUACACUUCGUCAUUGGUCUAUCCUGCCAUGUUUGGCAUGAUGCUGUGGUUCUUUACCGAGUCUGACCAGACCAGUCGUGAUAUUUGCUGUGUGGUCUUUGCCCUUUUCAAUGUCAUUUGGGCUACACUUUUCCUGGAGGGUUGGAAACGAAGAGGAGCAGAGCAGGCCUACAAAUGGGGCACACUGGACACCCCUGCUGAGUUUAUUGAGGAGCCACGUCCUCAAUUCAGGGGUGUCAAGAGGAUUAGUCCAGUGACCAACUGUGAAGAGUUCUACUACCCACCCUGGAAACGUCUACUUUUCCAGUCCUGCGUCAGUCUCCCAGUCUGCGUGUCCUGUCUAUGUUUUGUUUUUGUAGUGAUGCUGGCUUGCUUUGAGCUUCAGGAGUUUGUGCUAAGUAUAAAGGAGCUCCCUCGGCUUGUGCGUUUCUUCCCCAAGAUCCUCCUGGCUGUCAUAGUUAGUUCCUGUGACGAGGUUUACAGGAAGAUAGCAUACUGGUUAAAUGAUAUGGAGAAUUACCGUUUACAGAGUGCCUAUGAGAAACAUCUCAUCAUCAAAAUUGUUUUAUUCCAGUUUGUAAAUUCCUACCUGAGUCUUUUCUAUAUCGGGUUCUACCUCAAAGACAUGGAGCGACUGAAGGAGCUCCUGCUUGUAUUCUCUCUCCCCCAAAGCAUCACCCGUCAGACUAAAGAUGCUCUCCUUCCUUUCCUCACCCUUCAGUUUCACCUGUUCUUCAUCUUCCUCAGGGCACUACUCAGAUCAGCCGGGUGUCUCAUCAGAUCAAAAGGUCCAUGGUGUCCAUGCCUGAUCCCAGAAGUGCCUUGUUGCCCCCAUACACAGAUGCUGGCCACGCUCCUGGUCAUACGCCAAUUCCUGCAGAACAUGAAGGAGGUCUCACAGCCCCACCUCUACCAGAAAAUCCAGCAAGGAGAAUUGAAUCCACAAUCAGCCUGGCAUAUCAUUCACCAUGGCUUGAGGAGGAUGUUGCAGAAGUAUGUUAUCCCUCAGCGCCCAACAUGGUUCUCUGGGGACUCAAUGGAACCUGGUUCAGUUGGGCGCAAAAAGUGCCUAAAUGGAGGAUGUGGAGUGCCAGAGGAGGAGGAAGAAGGCAUAGCGUCUGAAGAUGAUGAGACAGAAGAAGAAAGUAUUAUGGAUUGUGGACUAAAGUUAAAGAGGGUUAGUUUUGUGGAGAAGGGUGAGAAAAGAGGAGAAGGCUGUAUUCUACCCCAGCAAGAGGAGGAAGAUGGGUUCCUGCAGGAGGGUAGCCCUACACUAGUAGAGAAAGGCAGUGACCCUGCCUCUGUGUUUCAGCUGGAAGAGGAUGAGGAAGACGAGAGAGAGACUGAUGGCCUGCAGGAUGGAGGAGAACAGGAGACUGGCGUAAAAUUGAGGCAGUACAGGAGAUCAAGAAAGAAAGUGACUGUGGGUGAAGAAUUAAGGAAGGGCGGAGAGGAGGAAGAGUAUGAGUUGGAUAAGAAGCAGAAAAGAGACUCCUGGAUGGUCCCUCCAGAUGAGUUUUACCCCACAAAACUGUCACAGGCUGAGGUGGAAAGUUGUAUGAAGAAGUACGAGGAUACUUUUCAGGAUUACCAAGAGAUGUUUGUGCAGUUUGGCUAUGUGGUCCUCUUCUCUUCGGCCUUCCCACUUGCUGCAUUAUGUGCCCUUAUUAACAAUAUCAUUGAAAUACGCAGUGAUGCCUUCAAGCUAUGCAGUGGGUAUCAGAGACCAUUUGGUCGCCGUGUGGAUGGUAUAGGACAGUGGCAAAAUGUGAUGGAGGCAAUGGGUGUUAUAGCCAUAAUUGUGAACUGUUACCUGAUUGGUCAGUGCGGGCAGCUACAGAGACUCCUACCGUGGCUGGGACCUGAAAGUGUGAUCAUAUUUAUUGUGGUCCUAGAGCACUUUGCAUUGCUCCUGAAGUACAUCAUACAUGUGGUAAUUCCAGACAUCCCAGGAUGGGUGGCUGAGGAAAUGGCAAAGCUGGAAUAUCAAAGGAGAGAAGCGUUUAAGAAACAUGAGCGCCAGGCUCAGCAUCGCUACCAGCAACAGCAGCGCAGGAAGCGGGAGGAGGAGGAGAGGCAGCGUCACGCUGAUUACCAUGCUCGAAAAGAGCGGGAAUCCCGAGGAGCCGAUGAAGGAAGACCCCCUGGGCAAGACUCCCAAUCCCAUGAAAAAAACACAAGUAAACCUAAGCCAUGUGGCCCCUCUGGGGGGAACACCCAUGACAAACCGAAGAGGCCCAGCUCACUGCUGGCCAGCAAUAAUGUGCUAAAACUAAAGCAAAUUAUUCCCCUGCAGAGCAAGUUUUUGUCAGGGACCAAUGCCAAAUCUCCACAAUCACCCCCAGGGGGAGACACUAAAAUCCCUAGCUUCCUCAGCUUCAAGUUCUUGAAAUCCCCAGAAACAAGAAGAGAAGCUACACCGGAGAGAGCCCACUCUCCAACUAAGCCCUUCAACCCUGGAAAGCUUUUUAACUUCGGGGGCAAGGGAGAAGGACAGGUGGGAGGUAAUGGACUUGGGGUACCUAUUUCCAUGCAACCACGAGGGGCCACAGGGAUGGGUUCAUCCUCUGAUGGAACAGUACCUGGCAAGUCUCAGCUAAAUGGGCUUUCAGAGGAUAUAUCCAUGGAUGAUGGGGAGGACCAGGGCAAGGCACAUAAACAGUGAAACCGGCAAUCCCUUUUUCCACUUCAAUCCAAUGUGAUAGAGGGAUUUAGCAGCCUCGCAGGAUGUGUAUCGUUAUCAUAAGGUUGAAAACAGUCUCCGUCCCAAUGAUCAUGUAAAUUUGCUGGUGUGGAGUUCCCACACAGGCUACUGAAUACCAUUGCCAACAAGAGUCUGCUGUGUACACCUAUAUGGGUCCAUGGGAAGAAGGCACUGUGGUACAUAGUGAUAUUGAAUAUCUUUUUUUAUGCUUACAGCCUUCUGCAUAACAAACAGUAUGUGAUGUUUAAUGAUGUCAGAGGUAUCUAUACAAACUCCAGGUUUUGAUAAAUGGAAUUGCAUUAGUCGUGCAUACGCACAGCGCUGUAUGACAAUGAGGUAGCAUCGAGCCACGUUUCCUUUCAUCAAAUACACAAGGGUCUUUGUGGUCACUCAAGUAUAUCCAAUACAUUUCUUAAAACUUUAUAGGGAACAUGCUGGUAAAUAAUGAUAUUGAGCAUCUGGAUACCGGGCUUGGCCACUCUGUUUUUCCCAUAAGCUGCAGAUGGAACUGUACCGUUAAUCAUCCCCUAGUGUCCGGAUACUUUAACUAAAACAUUUACUCCAAGCUCUUACAACAAACGGUGAGGA